AUGUGGGCAUUGAUGAGACAGAAACCUCAUGAUGAAAUUGAAGAAAUUAUGUCAAAAUCUUCAGGAGAUCAUGAAAUAUAUUUGACUCGAAUUGGUCCAUUCAAACAAAUUAGUUUUGUAAGUCCCGAAUGUGUAAAAGAUCUAUUAAUGGCACCGGAGGAGGAUGUACCAAAAUUUGAAUUUUUUUAUUCUAAUGAUGAAUGUUUGAAAUCACCCGAAAUUCCUCAUUAUAUAAAUGUUAAUAAACAUAAUAUUUCAUUCAUUGGAACUCCUCUUCGUAUGAUAUUUUCAUUCAUAAAUGAAAUUAAUGAAUUACCUUUGGAAUCAAAUAAAAAAUUCUUUAAAGCUGUCGAAGAAUUUGAUAAUUUUAUUUAUGAAAUUAUAGAAAAGAAGAAGGAUGAAAUGAAAAAUAAUAAGAUUAAUAACAAAGAAAAUAGCACUGAUUUAUUAACUAAAAUGUUAGAAUAUGCCACGUCAAUUGCAUUAGCUACGUCAUUUUAUUAUCUUGCAAAAUAUCCCGAAAUGCAAGAAAGAACUAGAUCAGAAGUAAUUAAUAUACUUGGAAAUAAUCUAACCAUACCAACUUCAGAACAAUUAAAAGAAAUGAAUUACGUUAAUGCAAUCAUUAAGGAAUCUUUAAGAAUUCAUCCACCAACUACAUUAACAAAUUUUCGAAAACCAUCAAAACCGAUUAAAAUUGGAUCUUACGUUGUACCUAAAGGUGUCUUGUGUAUCAUGAAUAUAUGGCAAAUCCAUCAUAACUUUAAAUACUGGGAAAAUCCAAAUCAAUACAAAUCCUGA